GUGAGCUGUCAUCCUGGCUUAUUGUAAACAGACAGCUGUACUUUGGAGCACUAGGUCAAUUUAUCCCCAGCUGUUUGCCGUUUAUAUCAACUAUCAAGAAUGGCUGCUCUCUCCCUGUACCUCAUAUGUUGUGUGUUCCUACUGGAGCUGCUACCAGCCUCAACCGCCGGAUUGUUCCGCUCCAGGGCAGAGGCUGAUACCGUUUUACGGAGGCAGAAGCGGCACAAUACAGGCAUAUUUGAGGAGUGGACGGAAGGCAAUAUAGAACGGGAGUGCGUUGAAGAAGUCUGUGACCUAGAGGAAGCCAGGGAGGUCUUUGAGAAUGACGAGCAGACGCUGAGGUUUUGGCAGAGCUACCUAGAUGGAGACCAGUGUAAAUCAUCUCCAUGCAAGAAUGGCGGUGACUGUGUGGACCAGAUGGGCACAUAUACUUGUAACUGUAAGAGAAACUACGUUGGGAGUGACUGUGAGAUUGCACUGGCCAGGUCCUGUGAUGUGCUCAACGGUGGCUGUAUGCACUUCUGCCAGCCAUUGGGAAGCCAUGGAGCGGAGUGCCACUGCGCUAGCGGCUACAGGCUAGCUGAGGAUGGGGUGACAUGCGAGCCAGAGGGAGAGUGGCCAUGUGGCCAAGACAGGAGGAUUAUACGCCUGAGUGGAGAGGUGAGAACACUGCAGAUCAACUCCACCAUGGCUCCCUCCAACACAACACUGAAUCCCCACAACAGCACCACCGAUACCACCCCAUCCACUGCACCCAAGGUCUCCCACACGCCCGACACCAGAGGGGGCAGACUGAUGUCCUCCCGCAACAGGUUACCCCUGUGGGCACGCCAGAGUCUGCACCCCAUACCCGCCCCACUGGGUACCCUACCGCCAACGUCCAUCACCACCGCCCCAGACGAGAACCACAACAAACGAAUCGUUGGUGGGCACGUGGUCACACCAGGGGAGAUUCCAUAUCAGGUGGCGCUGGUGAGACGCUCCAACAAGAUGGUGUUCUGUGGCGGCUCCAUCAUAGGUGAGCUGUGGGUGAUCACUGCUGCACACUGUCUGGUGGAAGCUCCAGAGGGAUCUUUCUUCGUCCGCGUGGGUGAGCAUGACGUAAACCGUAUAGAAGGACACGAGCAGGAUCUGGAAGUGUCCAAGCGGCACGUGCACCCCCUCUAUGAGCCCCUUCAGAGCCUCUACAACCACGACGUGGCUCUCCUGCGUCUGGCCACCCCCAUCCAAUUCUCCCUCUACGCCCGGCCCAUCUGCCUGGGGCCCAAGAGCUUCACCGCGUCUCUGCUCCGCUCUGGAGAGAUGGCCACGGUCAGCGGCUGGGGCCGCGUGCGCUACCAGGGUUGGACCUCCAGCAAGCUGCAGAAGGUGGAGCUGCCCUACGUGGAGCGCAGCCAGUGCAUGGACAGCAGCAGCGAGCGCAUCUCCUACUUCAUGUUCUGCUCCGGCUACUCCGACGUGGCCAAGGAUGCCUGUCAAGGGGACAGCGGGGGCCCUCAUGCCAUCCGGCACCAGGACACUUGGUUCCUGACGGGCAUCGUGAGCUGGGGCGAGGAGUGUGCCAAGGAGGGCAAGUACGGCGUGUACACCAACCUCUCGCACUACUACCGCUGGAUACGCUAUGUCAUGGGCCUGAGCAGAGAAAUGCUUGUUGACAUGGUGGACCCUUAACCCAUACCCCCCCCCCCCCCCCACACACACACACACACACCUGACUCUCUUGAGUCCAAUGCCAUUAUUCCCUGCACGCUCUGUGAAGAUAUAUUGUAGUAGCUUUACAAACAGGGAUUAAUCUUGGUCCUGGAGUAAACCUGGGCAUAAGAAAAGGACAUCCCAUUUGACAUGCAGUUUAGCUCAAGUGUAGAAUUGAUAUUUGUCUGGAAGACAUGAGUUCAAAGUCUAAACUGCCUCACAUUUCCAUGUGACAGACCCCAUCGAUUAAAAUGCUUCAGGUUAUGCAAUGGGACUGAAUGACAUGACAGAUUUAUAAUGCAGAUAUUCAUGUACUGUGUAAUUAUUCAUCCAUGAGAAGUAUUACACACUACAGUGUGCACACUAAGGUUGAGGACCCAAAGGUCUGUGCAAAGGAAGUCAAUCCCUGAAGGAAACCCAACCCCAUCAGUCAUCACAUUAAACUGUUUUGUCACGAGUCAUUAAUUCAGAUGAAUAUUGCAUUUAUCGAUCUUUCUGUGACAAACAGCCCCACAUUUCCUUCCAGAGUUUAAUUAAAUUUGAUCAGAGGAAUGGAUUAUGAAGAUAAAUGGUUAACAGUCCCCCCCCUAAGGAGUUCCAGACAGUCAAUACCGCAACAGUCUCUUCUGAAGUCUAAAUCACUGUUCAUUAUACAAACGGUUCAUUGAUAAAGUAGUCUCAGGAAAAUCGUAACCAACAAGCACAGGAUUUCUCCCAUCUACUGGUCAGUGAAGAUUUGACCAAUGUCUGAUGAUACUAUUUUUUAGAGAAACUACACUAAAGCACAUGCUGUAGUUCAGGCAAACGAUAUAACUCACAAAUGAAAUAUUCACACUCCCCUUUCAUCUUUAGUCAUUUUAGGAGCUUGUAUAGGACAAUGUGUUGAGCAGACAUUUCCAUCACCUUGACUUUAAACCUUUCUACAACCAAGGGAGUAAGCAUCAUCAUUGAGUUCUGAAAAAAAAAAAAAAAAAAUGAGCAAAUGUAAAAAUAUCUGACACCAAAGAAGGCAUCUGCCCUACUUCUGAAAAAAAAAAACAUAAAACCUCCCAACACCUCAACAACAGCAACUGCAGUGCAGCGCUCCGCUGGUGAAGGCAGGCUUUCAUCAUCUGAGAAGAUGUUUCAAAGGGUGACAGCUUGGAGGAGGCUCCGGCCCCAAAUCACACCGAAGAACUAAGAGGGCUGCGAGUUAUAUCAACUUAUUUAUUUAUUAAAAACAGCCCAUUUCAAUCAUACAAUAAAGAAACUUGAGUUUA